AAGUGAUCCAGUUCGUCAGACAGCACAGACCACGUUCGCAAUGCAAUCGCUGGUGGUGUUCCUCGCCGUGGCCGCUGUGGCGCGCGCCUCCCUCCUGCCGCUGGCGCAGCCCGCGCACCAUCCCGCCAUCGUCCUGGACCCCCACGGCCGCCCCUUGGACACCGCCGAGGUCAUCGGCGCCCGUGCCCUCCACUACCAGGCCAAGGCUCUGGAGCACGGAUACCUCGGCAACGCCGCCGUCGUCGCCGCCCCCGCCUGGGGCGCGCACUCUGCCCUCGCCUCCCCGCUCCUGGCGCACUCCGGAUACGGCCACUUCCUGAACAAACGCUCCCUGGGACUGUACGGAGCCCACGCCUACAGCGCACCUAUCAUCGCCCCGUCUGCCGUGUCCCACCAGUCCCGCGUUGACAUCAGCCACAGCCCGGCCAUCGUGUCCCACGCCGUCGCUGCUCCGGUCUACACCGCCGCUUCUUCCGUCUCCGCGUGGGGCGCUCACGGCCUCAGCGGCCUCCACGCCUCGCCCCUCCUGGCUCACGGCCUCCACAAGCGCUCCCUGGGUCUGUGGGGAUCCCACGCCGCUGUCGCCGCCCCCGUCGCCCACGCCGCCGUGAUCGCCGCCCCCGCCCACGCCGUGUCCCACCAGUCCCGCGUCGACGUGCACCACAGCCCGGCCAUAGUGUCGCACGCCGUGGCUGCGCCUGUGAUUUCGCACGUGGCCGCACCCGUGGUCGCGCACGCGCUCCCCGCCGCCGUGUCCCACCAGUCCCGCGUCGACGUCCGCACCAGCCCCGCCGUGGUCGCCCACAGCGUGGUCGCCGCGCCCAUCGCUCACGGCGUGCAUGUAAUCGCCGCCCCCGCCGCCGUGUCCCACCAGUCCCGCGUUGACAUCAGCCAUAGCCCGGCCAUCGUGUCCCACGCCGUUCACGCUCCGGUCUACGCCGCCGCUCCCUCCGUCUCCGCGUGGGGCGCUCACGGCCUCAGCGGCCUCCACGCUUCGCCCCUCCUAGCUCACAGCCUCCACAAGCGCUCCCUGGGCCUGUGGGGAUCCCACGCCGCCGUCGCCGCCCCCGUCGCCCACGCCGCCGUGAUCGCCGCCCCCGCCCACGCCGUGUCCCACCAGUCCCGCGUCGACGUGCACCACAGCCCGGCCAUCGUGUCGCACGCCGUGGCCGCGCCCGUGAUCUCGCACGUGGCCGCGCCCGUGGUCGCGCACGCGCUCCCCGCCGCCGUGUCCCACCAGUCCCGCGUCGACGUCCGCACCAGCCCCGCCGUGGUCGCCCACAGCGUGGUCGCCGCGCCCAUCGCUCACGGCGUGCAUGGUGUUCAUGGUCUCCACGGAUGGUAAACGGCAAGAACUGACGAACUACCAAAAAUAUAAAUUUAUAUUAAAGUAUUUAAAAGGAAA